AUGGUCUGUCCCCCCCUUCUCUUCCUCCCCAAUUCCAAUCCCAGACUAACCUCCCCCAGGCACCCACAAAACCCAAUAAACGCCCCUCCCUCCGCACCCGCACCCGCCCCUCCCACCCCCCACUACCACCACCUCUACCACCACCACCACCACCCCCCACCAACCCACCAAAAAAGCCAAACUCCACACCCGCCGCACCACCUUCCUCACCCGCAUCACCAAGCCCACACCCACCCCCUCAGCGCGCUCCCGCCGCCGCGCCACAAAAGCGCUGCAAAACAACCUCGUCACGCAGCUCGACUCCCUCGCCUCCGCGCUCGACGACGUCGUUGUCAAAGCCCCCCAACCUCGACCACGGGGGCGGUGGUGCAGGGAGAGGGUGAGGGCGUGGGAAAGAAGAGCAUGAAGAGCAGGCCCGGAGCAAUGAAGCGCAAGGAGAAGGUGGUCAGGAACGAGUGUGAGCGCUUUGGGAAGAACUUGGCGAUUAUGGCGGCGGGGAUGGCGGCGGCGGCGGUUGGUGAGGGGCAGGGGGAGGGGCAGGUGGCGGUGGCAGUGAAGAGGCCGUCGACGUGGGAGGCGUUGAGGGGGUUUAUUGAGGGGACGAUGGAGCGGAAGGAGGAGUUUGUGAAGAAGGAGGAAGGGGAGAAGGAGGACGAGAUGGUAUUGUAG